AUGAGAGAAUCACCCAACCCAGUUGGUCAGUUGAUGUUCUUCUCAGCAGACACCAUUUGGAAUUCCGUGCAGACAUCCAAGUCAGAGGUGUUCACAAAACACAGUGGAUCACCUCUUGAUAUGGAAUAUGGAAGAAAAUGGUUAUAUAUGAAUUACAUCAGAUGUCUACCACCUGAGAGUUGUAGAAGUUCUUUUGCAUGUGAAGCAGAGAGUGCUGUGUUACAUGAAGCCAGCAUAUAUUCCAUAGAGGGUUCGAAUGUUCAAGUAAGAUCAAUGCAGGGAACAAUAAAGCAGACACUAAAUUUCUCAGAGAGUGAAGGGGAACCGAUUGGCCUUGAUGUUUGUGGCAAUUUUCUUGUGGUAGCCACAAUCCAAGGGAUUAUUAAGCUAUGGGACUUGUCUAGAAGGGAAGCAAAACAACACACACAAGGCAAACAGUUGAGUGACGCCAUCAAGGACUUUGGGGAAGUUAUCUCAGCAAGAUGUAACUGUAGUGGUACAAGAGUCUCUAUUGCUGUAGCUCAAACCUCCUUGCUUCCUGAUCCAAAAUUAUAUAUCUGGGAUAUAGAGAAUGACAAUAUCACGUACUUCAAUUUUGCAUCUGGACGAUCUGAAGACGACGAUAAUGAUGGGACAGCACCUCCAAACUCUGCAGAGAGUUCAAGUUCUAAGUAUGGUGGAGGUCAAGAAAGAGCCAAGCGUGAGACAGCCAGAGAAGUUGGGGGUCGCUUUGUGAUGUCUCACAUGUGGGACCUGGAAGAUCCCCGGCUCCUUGUGUGUGAAGCCAAGUCCCUUCAUAGCAAGAAAAAGCAAAGAGAGAAUUACAUUGCUUCAGAUAAGGAAGAACGGCCUGCAAUCAUGUUGGUAUCUCUGUUUGUUAGUCCUGACCAUGGGGCUAUUGUUCAAGAUGCCUUCCCUCUCACUCCAACUUACUCUAGACUUCUUGGUGUGCAAGUGCCAUUCUUAUAUCUGCUGAAUGAUAGUGUUGUUGACAAAAAGUCUGACACCAAAGCCAAAUUAGUUACGCAAAAGGUAAUGCGGGACUUUGUAGGCCUGGAGAGCUGUGAUAAACCAACAAAGGAAGCGAUGCUUAACUUCUCCUUCUAUCUCUCAAUGGGAAAUAUGGAUGAUGCAUUUAAAGCUAUCAAAACAAUCAAAAGUGAAACUGUAUGGGAAAACAUGGCUAGAAUGUGCGUUAAAACGAAGCGCUUAGAUGUUGCUGCUUUGUGUCUUGGCAACAUGGGUCAUGCUCGUGGUGCUAGAGCUCUUAGGCAAGCCAUGAAGGAACCUCAGCUUGAUGCAAGAGUGGCUAUGCUGGCACUACAGCUGAAUAUGGUGGAAGAGGCUGAGCAGCUUUAUCGUGGGUGUGGCCGCCAUGACCUUGUGAAUCGCAUGUACCAAGAUGGGGGCAUUUGGUCAAAGGCUUUGGAGACAGCCAACGAGAAUGACAGGAUUCACUUGAGAUCGACGCAUUAUAAUUAUGCCAAGCACUUAGAGAGUAAAGGAGACUUCAGUGGUGCCAUCAGUCACUAUGAGAAAUCUGAUACUCAUAGGUUUGAAGUACCAAGGAUGCUAUUUGAUGAACUCCCAACACUUGAGGAUUAUAUCAUGCAUACUAAAGACAAGUCCUUGAGAAGGUGGUGGGCUCAGUACCUAGAAUCAACUGGGGAAAUGGAGACAGCACUGCAGUUUUAUGAAGCUGCGCGAGAUCAUCUGUCCUUAGUCCGUGUGUAUUGUUAUUGUAAUAAUCUACAGAAGGCAGCAGAAAUUGCUAAUGAGACAGGAGACAGGGCUGCAUGCUAUCACCUUGCUCGCCAGUAUGAGAACGUCAAUAUGGUGAAAGAGGCCAUUCACUUCUUUACUCGAGCUCAGGCUUAUGGCAAUGCCAUCAGAAUCUGCAAGGAGAAUGGUUAUGAAGAUCAACUCAUGAAUCUAGCUCUUGUGGCUGGACCUCAGGAACAAAUUGAUGCUGCCAGAUUUUUCUCCUCUUCGGAACGUCGACAACUCUCAAAGGCAGUCAUGCUGUACCACAAAGCUGGUCUCUUGUCCAAAGCUGUUGAUCUAGCCUUUAAGUCUGGGCAAGUUAGCGCAGUGGGCCAGAUCGCAUCUGAACUUGAUGAAAAUGCGGAUCCUGCUCUUAUUCAGAGAUGUGCCCAGUACUUCAUCUCCAAUGGGCAGUAUGAUCGCGCAGUGUCACUCUUGAUCACUGGUAGACAGUACUUUGAUGCUCUUGAUUUAUGUGUGGAGCACAAUGUAUGGGUGACAGAAGAACUGGCUGAGAAGUUCACCCUGCCGAAAGAUGAAUCAGCUCGCAAUCAGAUCUUAGAAAAGGUAGCAGAGUGUGCUUAUGCCCAAGAGAACUACAAAUUGGCUACCAAGAAGUUCACACAGGCUGGUAACAAGGUUAAGGCAAUGAAGUGUCUUCUGAAAUCAGGUGAUACAGAGCGCAUUGUUUACUUUGCCAAUGUGUGUCGGCAAAGGGAUAUCUACAUCAUGGCAGCAAAUUACCUACAAAGUUUGGAUUGGCGAAAGGAGCCUGAAAUUAUGAAGAACAUCAUUCAGUUUUACACAAGAGCUAAAGCUACUGGCCUGUUGGCAGGAUUUUAUGAUGCUUGUGCUCAGGUUGAGAUAGACGAGUAUCAGAACUACGAGAAGGCAGCUGGAGCUCUCAGUGAAGCUUAUAAGAUCCUUACCAAUUCUAAUGACCACCAAAGCCAGGAAAGACUUCCAUCAGUCCAGUACAAGUUGGAGAAGGUCAAGCAGUACAUUGGUAUCAGGAGAAUGUUCCCAGGAGACGGUGAGACAGGAAUUAGAGAACUCCAGGACAUGCUGAUGGAUCCUAAUAUUGAGGCUGCGGUUCGUCAAGGGGAUAUUUAUGCCACAAUAAUUGAAUAUUACGUUUCCAAUAACAAUUUCAAGUCUGCUGUCAGUUCAUUGCAAGAUAUGAAGAAUAGGUUGCCAAAGGCCAACCCCAGUUACUACAUUGAUGCCCAAGCUCUCCAGUCAAUUGCCAGAGCAACGGGAGUCAAUGUUGGAGGAAUAGAAAAUGGAAUUGAGGAAGGAGGAAGCGAAGAUGAAGGAAAUGCAAGCGAGGAAGAAGUGGUCGAGGAAGAUGAGGAAGAUAUUAGACCACAGCGUCAUUUUGCCCUGAACGGGUCCGCAAAGUUCCUGUAAUGAAGUGGCCGUUAUUUAUGCCUUGAUAUUUAAGAUUAUUAAAAGCAGUAACAUUGUCUUUAUAAACAAAUAUGCAUAUAUAUGCAUAUCUAUAUAUAUGUAUAUAUGUGUAUAUGUGUAUGUGUGUAUGUGUGUAUGUGUGUAUGUGUGUAUGUGUGUAUGUGUGUAUGUGUGUAUGUGUGUGUGUGUGUGUGUGUGUGUGUGUGUGUGUGUGUGUGUGUGUGUGUGUGUGUGUGUGUGUGUGUGUGUGUGUGUGUGUGUGUGUGUGUGUGUGUGUGUGUGUGUGUGUGUGUGUAUAUAUAU